UCCCCACAGGUCAAGUUCCUGUACGACCACGUGUUUGAGCCGCUGACCGACAACCGAGCCGUGUACAAGACCGUGGCCUCCCCCAUCGUGCAGUCGGCGCUGGACGGCAUCAACGGAACCAUCUUUGCAUACGGCGUGACGAGCAGCGGCAAGACGCACACGAUGAUGGGGACGGAGCAGGUGCCGGGCAUCGUGCCGCACGCCAUCGCCGAGGUGUUCCGCACCAUCACGCGCACCCCCGGCAAGGAGUUUUUGCUGCGCCUCUCCAUGAUGGAGAUCUACAACGAGGUGGGGUGGGGCCCUUGGCGGCGUGUGGAGGCGCUCGCCGCCGCCCUCCAUGUUUCGUGCGGCUCCGCCGCCCCUGCGCGCGCCUCUGCAGACCGCGCCGAGGGCAUGGCUGACCCCAACCUGCGCCUGGGCCGAACCCUGUCCUUCCUCAACCUCAUCGACCUGGCGGGAUCGGAGUCGGCAAAGGCGGAGGUCAACCGCAGCCAGCGCAUGGAGGGCAGCUUCAUCAACAAGUCGCUGCUCACGCUGGGCACAGUCAUCCACAAGCUCAGCGAGGGCAAGGCGGUGCACAUUCCCUUCCGAGACUCCAAGCUCACCCGCCUGCUGCAGGGCUCGCUGACGGGCAGCGGCGCACGCAUCGCCGUCAUCUGCACCAUCACGCCCGCCUCCACACAGGCAGAGGAGACGCACAACACGCUCAAGUUUGCCAGCAGG